ACAAUCAGUCACAACAAGUUCAUCAACGCAUCGCUUGUCGAUAUCCAUCACAUCCAUUGAAUAACUCUUUCUCGACCACAGACUUUGAGCCAAAAAAUACCUACCAUUGGCUCAAUUCAUCGCAUCAUAACUGGACUCAUCAUAAGUGUUCACAAAAAGAUAGCGGGACAGACCAAACAAGAUUGCAAACCGAGUCUACAAAUAUCGCAACUCAUCCCAAACUUUUGAAUUAUAAUUGUCAACCAUAUUAUUGUCUACAAAAUAAUAAUAAUAAUAACGCGUGUAAUAAUAAUACUGGUGACCAACUGCACGGUAUCGAUACCGUUGCAACAGUUCACAAGAAAUUGAAAUUGGAUACAACCAUGAUAUUACUUCAACAACAUCAGAGUGCUUCGUUUGGCAGUACUGGCACUUUGCUGGGCACCGACCUUACAGUCAAUCCCUAUAAUAUAAUUGACGACACUUUUGAAGACUUCAAACUUUUUGACUUUCCUAUAGAGGACUCACUUGACGACGAGUCGGACUUUGCUGACUUGACCGAUAUGUACAGUCAACCAACAGAGCAGUCAUUGUCACCCACCUGUCAAAGUACUGCUCCGUCAACUACUUGUUCAUUGGAAUCAGUUUCGGUCACUUCGACGCCAUCGACUCCCAACGCAGCCAUUCUUCCCAGUUUUCUCGAAACAUACUCUCCUCGUUACAGACAACAGGUAUCAGCUUCAGGAGGAAUGUAUUUCAAAUUUGAAGACAUUGGAUCUGAAGACGAUUCACUCGAGAGCGACAACUUUUCUUUGAAUCCGCGCUCCAAUAUUUCAGUUGCUUCAGUUGGCUCUCCAUCUCUAUCUCCCGCUUCUUAUUGCGGACAACUUCUUCCUAAUACAAAUGUGACGCCAUUAGUGUUAAAACAAGAAGCACCCGACACUUAUAUUCCAUCAACCAGUGGACCGACACCAAUGGAUAUCAGUUACGGAGCUUCGGUACCGAUGACAACACGCAACACAUACCAAAGCGGUGCAACAUAUCCUCUAACCAGUGAUAAACCUGUUGUCGCCAACAAAGUAACGCAACAACACUAUCAGUUCAAUACUUUCACGCCUUCAACCAUUCAAUCUCAAACCAUUGCACCGCAGGAGAGCAUAUCAUAUCAGUGCUCAUCAAUUGAAACAAAAACUAAUUACUGUCCCUCACUUCACAACAUAUCUUCAUAUCAAAGCGAUUCCUCUCCUCAACUUAACAACACUAAAGUUCAGCGCAAAGCACCGUUGACUCUGGCGAGUCCCACGUCCUCCGAGUCAAGUGUUUGCAUGCAAACACCCGCCACUCCGACCACCACUAACUCAAACAGAUCGUCACCAAAUGAUUCCCCCUCUCCAAGUCAAUUGUGCGCUGUUUGUGGUGAUAACGCCGCCUGUCAGCACUAUGGUGUCCGCACCUGUGAAGGAUGCAAAGGCUUUUUUAAAAGAACUGUUCAAAAAGGAGCCAAAUAUGUCUGUCUCGGCAAUAAGGACUGUCCCGUUGAUAAACGACGGCGUAAUAGAUGCCAGUUCUGCCGAUUCCAGAAAUGUCUGGCCGUCGGAAUGGUUAAAGAAGUUGUCAGAACUGAUAGUCUUAAAGGACGAAGAGGUCGAUUGCCGUCAAAGCCAAAGUCACCACAAGAGUCUCCGCCUUCGCCACCAAUUAGCACAAUCACAGCACUUGUGAGGGCACACGUGGACACAACACCAGAUUUAGCUAAUCUUGACUAUAGUCUCUUUAAAAAGUCAAGUGAUCCCAAUAGUGAUAAUGGAUCCGAAGCUGAAUAUAUUACACAAUUUUAUAACAUCUUAAUGUCAUCUCUUGAAGUUAUCCAUAAUUUUGCUGAAAAAGUCCCGGGUUUUACAGAUCUCGACAAAUCCGAUCAAACUUUAUUGUUUCAGUCGGCAUGUCUUGAGUUGUUUGUCUUGAGAAUGGCCUACAGAAUGCAGUCAAACUCGGAUAGGUUUACAUUUUGUAAUGGAUUUAUAUUAAGUAAAUAUCAGUGCGAACGGAGUUUUGGUGAGUGGUUGACAUCAAUUAUAGACUUUUCACAACACAUCCGUCUAAUGGAUUUAGACAUCUCUGCAUUUGCCUGUUUAUGCGCUCUCACUCUUGUCACAGAUCGACACGGUUUGAAAGAUGCCUAUAAAGUGGAACAGUUGCAGAUGAAGAUCAUAAACAGUCUUAAAGAUCACGUCACAUACAAUAGUGAAGCACAGAAAAAGCCUCACUAUUUCUCCAGAAUUUUGGCAAAACUGCCGGAUUUGCGCACACUUUCUGUCAAUGGUUUGCAAAGGAUUUUCUGUCUGAAACUCGAAGACGUUGUCUCAACACCGGCUGCUAUCGAAAGUAUGUUUUCGCCGACUCUACCCUAUUGAACAUUACUGACCACCACUUACUUUAAUGACCACAACAAUCACUAUAACACAUACACACAAACAAAACGAUUGAAACAAUUUCACGGACCCAUUCAUUCAAACUUUUAGCACCAUUUUUCAGUAUUAAUUGAUUAAAUACUCCCAAGGAUUACAUAAUAUUGACUUUAAAACUUAAUUUAUAGAAUUUAUUAGUUAUUAUUAAACAUUAUAUGAUUGAUAAUAUAAAUGUUUAUCUUCUAAUAUAAAUCUAUUAUUAGCUAUAAUGAGAGCAUUUAUUUCAUUUGUUAGCACCAAUACCACUGCCGUUACAUGUAGUGAAUAAUCGCUACUUAAUUAUAAUUAAAUUAUUAU